GAGGGAGGAGUUUGAUCCUGGAGGAGUGAGCAUUCAUAGUCCGAACAACUAGUAUUCGGAAGGAACUUCAGUGUUUAUCACGAAAAGCUAAACCAUAGUGGGAUGGGUAACUGUCAUACUGUUGGACCAAAUGAAGCCCUCGUUGUUUCAGGUGCUUGUUGUGGCUCUGAUGACAAGUCAUAUGUGGUUGGAGGCUGGACCUGGGCAUGGUGGUGUAUCUCUGAUAUUCAAAGGAUUUCACUUGAAAUAAUGACUGUGAAGCCCAAAUGUGAGGAUGUAGAGACAGCUGAAGGUGUAGCUCUUACUGUUACUGGGGUGGCACAGGUGAAAGUGAUGACGGAGGGAGAUCUUCUGGUCGUUGCCUGCGAGCAGUUCCUGGGCAAGUCUGUGUCAGAAAUCAAAAAUGUGAUCCUGCAAACCUUAGAGGGACAUUUGCGGUCCAUUCUCGGCACUCUCACAGUGGAGCAGAUCUACCAGGACCGGGACCGAUUUGCCCAGCUGGUGCGAGAAGUUGCAGCUCCUGACAUUGGACGCAUGGGUAUUGAAAUACUUAGCUUCACCAUAAAGGAUGUGUACGACAAAGUGGAAUACCUGAGCUCCCUAGGAAAGUCCCAGACAGCAGCGGUUCGGAGGGAUGCAGACAUCGGUGUGGCUGAGGCAGAGAGGGAUGCUGGAAUAAAAGAAGCUGAGUGUAAGAAGGAGAUGAUGGACAUUAAAUUCCAGGCUGACACCAAAAUGGCCGACUCCAAACGUGAGCUGGAAAUGCAGAAAGCUGCUUUUAAUCAAGAAGUAAACACCAAGAAAGCUGAGGCCCAGCUGGCCUAUGAACUUCAAGCAGCCAAGGAGCAGCAGAAGAUUCGACUGGAGGAGAUUGAGAUUGAGGUGGUUCAAAGAAAAAAACUGAUUUCUGUUGAGGAAAAUGAGAUCGCCAGGACUGAGAAAGAGCUGAUUGCUACUGUCAAGAGACCAGCAGAAGCUGAGGCCUACAGGAUGCAGCAGCUGGCAGAAGGCCUGAAGAUCAAGAAAGUGCUGAUAGCUCAGGCUGAAGCGGAGAAGAUUCGGAAGAUGGGUGAAGCUGAAGCUGGCUCGAUUGAGGCUUUGGGGAAAGCUGAGGCUGAGAAAAUGAGGCUCAAAGCACAAGCCUACCAAGAGUAUGGAGAGGCAGCCAAAACUGCUCUGGUCCUUGAGGCUCUGCCAAAGAUUGCAGCGAAUGUUGCCGCCCCCUUAGGCAGAACCAAUGAGAUUGUCAUCCUGAGUGGGGAUGGGAGCCAUGUGACCGGGGAGGUGACUCGCCUUCUGGCGGAGCUGCCUGUGUCUGUGAAUGCCCUAACAGGAAUUGAUCUAUCCAAAAUUCCCUUGUUGCAGAAGAUGAGCAGCGCUCAGGCAUGAAAUACACCACAAUUAUCCUUCUCCACUGGGUCUACUUUACUGCACACACACACACAGAUGGUCUACUAAAGAAACAAUCAUUCAGGACCUCUAGUGCCUUCAUUUUGGGAGGAACAGGACAUCUUCAUGUACUGAUGCCCACUUUUGUAUUUUUUUUUUUGAUGAAUGGAUAAACAAACUUGACAAACCAUCAGUACAUAUUUAAGUUCAGUAAUGUCAGUCUUAAUGUUUAAGAAGGUGUGUGUAUGCUACUGUAAAUGUUAGAUCUAUUGUUACUUUUAUUAAACUUAUCAUAGGCUACUAAUGUGAAGAAAAGUCUCAGGAGUCAUUGUUACUAUAACAAUAUUGCUUUUAUUUGAGAAUACAAAGGGUAGCAGUUGACAGGAAUAUACUAACAUUAAUCUAACAUUAAUCUAAUUAAGCUUCUUAUAUUAUAUUGCUAAGCUGCUAAAUGUUUAUUUCCUAUGUCUUGCAACAGAAGUUAGUUUUAUAAUAUCUGUUAUCCACAUGGCUUCAAGUGUAUUAGUUCCCACACUUUGUGGUUUUCCGUAGUCACUCCUGUCACCUGUUCUGUUCUCUACAAAUAUAUUUCCUUUUUUUGAAUAACUAGACACAAUACCAUAACAUGUGCAUAAAAUGUCAUGUGAUUAUGAUGGAUGUGUAGCUCCUGACAAAAAGGAUUAUUUAUGUACUACUAAUAGUAUGACAAACAGCUGAGAGGGCUUCACUUUCUAUAUACAUAUUUCCUUGGCAUUAUUUCCCAAGUACUCUUAGUCACAGUCACCAUAUUAACCAAAUGGUACAAAUGAGCAAGUAGUUGUUAAAUAGUACCUCAGAACUGAAGUUGCCAUUUCAGCUAAAAUUAUCUACUUUUUCAUUGACAAUCUGCACCCCUGACGAGGAUAAUCAGUUUAUGGAUGGAUAGAUGGUUAAUAUUGAUUUCCAAGGGGAGCACUGUUUUCAUUAUUUAUCUUGUUUACCUUGUCAUGACAUAGACUGUACUCAUAUUCUAAAAUAUAAACUUAGCAUAACUAUAGAGAGAAGCUACAGGUUUUAUUUCAGUCAUUUGGAAGAGAGUUGCAUGGUACUGAUCUGUAAAUUAAGAAGGGGGAUGCAUCUAAUUAAUUACACUGUAACAAGUGCAGCACUUUCAUCAGAAGAUAAUUCAGACCCAGGUAAAUCAUUAAAGGCUAGUUCAUGUAGACAUCAGUAAUGUGGGGGUGUGGUACUGAGUGGUCACUGUCACACUGGAUGUAACAAUGCAAUUUUACUUGUGAAUGAGCUCAUCAGUCACUGAUCCUAUCAAUUUGUAAUGUAGAAAGGUCCACGCAGUUACUUGAAAAUUCUGAGUUCAGCAGCAGAUCACAUUUAUGUACCAUCAUGUAUGACUUGUUGCUGUUAAGCGGAGAACUGUUAUACGGGAGAGAAGUAUCCAGGCUGAAAAAUAUCUUUCGGAAUUUUACUGAGGUCAGAAUGUCAUUGGCCCCAAAGUGGCAUUCCCAUAUCAGUUGAAAUAUGCAAUUGUCUGCAUGCAUAAACUUGCCUCUUACGCCAUACUCCAUGCUAGGAAAUAGCUAUGAAAAGAUUGUACUCGUACUCACCUCAAUCUGGGAAUACUAUUGUUGUUAAAUAGCUAUGCAUUAGAUUACAUUUGCCAUGGCUGAGACUGAAUCACUUUCAAUCACUACAUGAUGGUUAUUAGGCAUUUAAUUACUAGCGGCUGUCAGUGAUUGUUAAUUGCUGUAUAGUAACUUGGGAGAAUGACACUGUGGAUGCUGGAGCAACCGAAGCUGUGUGCAGACUCACCCCUUUAAUACGAUGACAGUGUAGUUCUGCUUUAGCGGGAUGAUUACUGUGCAUCUGGUGACAAAGAUUUACGAUGGAUCAUUUAAAACCCAAGUACUGGAAUACUUUGCCAAACAGAAUAUCCUGAUGAGCAAAUUAAUUUCAUUUUUUCAACUUUAAAAUAAAAGUUAUUUUUGGUGAUGGUAACUUUCAAUUCCCCACGAUUCCCCAGUUCCAGUCCUGGAGGCCUAGUCUGCACCCAGAUUUUAAUACUCAAACACCUUAUUCAGCUCACCAGCCAAUUACCAGGUUUAGUAGGUGUAGGUCCUUGCAAACUGGUCCUCCAGGACUGGAAUUGGGGAACCCUGAUAUAUAGCAUUAUAUAUCUAUAUAUAAAAAAUUUAUCAUAAUUGUGGGGUGUAUUUUUCUAAAUCAGAUUUUCAGGAACUGGACUGAUGUUUUUGUUUGUGUGAUUUUUUUAAAUAUAUGUAUCAUACUACUGUGUUUAUUUCUCCCACAGUGAAAUAAAGGGCAUUCUUUUUUUGUCAAGAAGAGCAAAUAAAGUCGAACAAUGCAUCAUUGAAGUAAUAAAGUUUAUCAGUUUUAUCAAUACAGAUGCAGCUUAACUGUGAAGUUGGACUUUACUUAGGAAUACCAUUUCUAUGCAGUUAUAUGGGUCAUUUGUCUUUGUUGUGUAGCUGUUAAUUGUCUUCAAAUAUCACAAACUCUACUUCAGAGAAAAUGAAGCUCUGAUAACAGUGUGUGAAUUGUAUGUUUGUGGUGUUCUGCUUUCCAUGUACAGUUGAAGUGCUUUUCAUACUCUUCACUACCUCUGUUACAAUUCAGUAAAAGACCAUUUUUCCCACCAA